AUGGCCGAAAAUGCCUCUGCCGCAAGCAACACCAACACUGUCAAUGAGAAUGCGAACAUACCCUUCUAUCCCGCGUUCUGUUUUCAGGCCUCACCCACGCAUUUCACCUGGGUGAAAAUGGGUAUAGCCGAAAUCCAUCGAUUACGCAUAAAGAAAGGAUUUGAGGGCCAAAAUAUAUUUUUCUACCAAAACCAUCCUAUACAAUUCGUUUCCGUGGCGGGCAUCGUCGUGACACGCGAAGAGUACGAGCGACGAACUGUCUUAGUCGUCGACGAUAGCAGCGGCGAGAAUAUCGAGGUAGUUAUUCUCAAGGCGACAGCCGAGAGUUCUCGCAUCGCGAGAGAUAUUAAACAUGAUAUCAAUGAAUACAAUGGUGAAAAUGGCAGUCUAAAUGUUGAAAAUAUCGUUCAUGUGACUUCCACCACUCGAACCUCCCUGGACAUAACACAGAUGCAGAUUGGGGCAGUUGUAAAAAUAAAGGGCACGCUAUCGACAUUUCGAAAAUGCAUGCAGAUUGUUCUCGAGCGGUUCUGGGUUCUACCAGAUACGAAUGCCGAAGUAAAAUUCUGGGAUGAGCGGUCUCGCUUUCUUGUUGAUGUGCUUUCUGCGCCAUGGGUGCUGACAAGUGAGAUGAUUGAAGCGCUUCGAACACGAGCUCAUGAAGAGGAAAUGAAGGUAGCAAAAGAAAGAAGGAUAAUAGUGGGGAGACAGAGAAUAGUGGAGGAAAGAGAGAAAAAAGACUAUAAACGGAUUAUAGAGCGGUGGGAGAAGGAGGAACGGCUGCGAGAAAAAGAGGCCGCGUGGAUUAGAGAAAGCAAUAAAAGGUUCGAGCAAUGGUGGGCACAAAGAAAAGGCAAUGAAGGCUCAAUACCUGAGAAUUAG